AUGGCCGAAUAUAUUGGCUCUCGCAUUUCCCUCAUCUCAAAAAGGGACAUUCGCUAUGUGGGCACCCUCCAUGAAAUCAGCUCCGAGAAUUCCACCGUCGCACUUGAGCAUGUCAAAUCAUUCGGCACUGAGGGCCGAAAUCCUGAGGAUGAAGUCGCAACGUCGGAUUACGUUUAUGAAUACAUUGUCUUUCGGGGUAGCGAUGUCAAGGAUCUGAGGAUUGAGAAAGAGCCAGAAAAGCCUGCACAACCUCAGGUGCCUGAUGAUCCAGCUAUACUUGGGAACGCUCGCCCAAUCGGCACUCCUGCGUCGAUGCCGCAAGCUCAGAACCAGCAGCAGCAACCUCUCUCCGAACCUCCUCAAGAGGACCAGCAAAAUCAACAGCAACAGCAGCAGCGGUUUCAGCAACAACCACCUCAACAGCAAGGUCCACUGAGGUUUCAACAGCAACAAUACUUUCCCCAAUACUACCCUCCCCCACCCAACCAGCGUUUUGGCCCAGGAGGUCCGCAAGGCUUCCCGCCUCAUGGUUACCCUCCAAUACCAUACGGCUCUCCGCCACCGGGUUGGUUUCCUCCGCCGGGCCAGGGUUUCUCACAUCCACCACCUGGCCAAUUCUAUCCACCACCCAUGCCGUUCGGAGCGCCAGGGCAGCCGCCCAUCCAGCAAGGCAUACAAUCGAAGCCAUCUACUCCCGCGGAACCAUUGACAAGCAAUGCACCGAAAGCUACCCCGCAGCAAGAGUUGCCAGUCGAAAAGCCAACAGCAACUGUUAAAUUGCCUAGCUCGAGCACGACACCUGCCCCUGCGGCGGCAGCUCAGAACGGCCCACCUCCCCCAACAGAAUCAAAGCCUAAUGUUUACGAGGCUUUGGCUCCGCCAGCGCCCACAGUCGCAGCUGAGGUUCCUGCUGCGGCCAAACCAGCAACUAGUGCGCCCAAGAGUGGUCGUAUUAUGCCAGCCGUUCCAAUCCUGAGUCCUGCCGUUAAGCUUAGAGCCCCCGCCAAUGGUGCUCUGCAAUCAAGUUCGACCAACCUUCCUGGGACAAGCCAGAUUCCUGCGAAAUUGGCCGCACCGCGUCCAACCCAGGUCCCCACAAAAUCGCUCGAAGAUGCAAAUCGCAACGCCAGAGCUGCGGUGGCAGCCGCCAUGGCCAAGCUACCUCCCGCCCCCGGACAACAGAAACAAACCAAUGGAGAGAGCGCAAUCGAUAAUUUGACGAACAAGGUCAAUGAGAUGAGGACUAAUGAUAAUAUACGUACUUCUAGACAGCCUGGCACUGGGGGAUACGCCACUGGUCAUCGCGGUGGACGAGGCGGCUACCGUGGCGGACGUCAGCGUGAGGAGCAACCCACGAAGAAGAUGGAGGUGCCUAAGACGGACUACGACUUUGCUGAGGCCAAUGCCAAGUUCAAUAAGCACGAGCUUGUCAAAGAAGCCAUCGCUACCGGAUCUCCAAUCAGCAGCCCUAUCGACAGCUCCAACGACAUUCCCGCAGAAGCCUCAAUCAACGGUGGUCGUAGAGAGAGCGAGCACAGUGUCGUCAUCCCAGCUGCUUCUGGCUACAACAAGACCUCCUCAUUUUUUGAUAACAUCUCCAGCGAGAGCAAAGACCGAGAUGAUGUAGCCGGGAAGCGCCUUGGAGGCCGUGAGUUCAGAAGCGAAGAGCAGAAGAAGAAUCUUGAGACCUUCGGUCAAGGAAGUGUGGACAAUGGCUACCGUGGUGGUGUCCGAGCCCGAGGCCGUGGACGAGGCUAUCGUGGGGGAAGAGCGCCUAGGGGAGGGAGAGGUGGCAUGAGAGGAAGGGGGUCUGUUGCUGCCGAAAGCUAG